GCCGGCCACAGCCGCACGCAGUCCGGCGCUCGCCGCUGCCCAGCGCCCCGCGCCCCGCGCCGCCGUCCCGCCGCCCCGGCCCCAGCGCGCCCGCGCCCCGGACCCUGGCCGCCCCGCGAGGACCCAGCAGCAAAAUGAUGCUCCAGAACCCAGGCCUGGUGGCUGCGUCAGAAGUCAGUGCCACGGCCGUUGUGCCCUGCCUGUCCCCACCGGCGUCGCUGGUCUUUGAACGCUUCGAACAGUUUGCCGCCAUGACCCCGUGCGUCAGGGAUGAGCUGCGGUUUGCCAUCCAGAACAAGCACAUGUACCACCGCAGGUCUUCCGCCUUCAACUCCAUCACAGCCGGCAGCGCCGGGCCCUUCGACAUGUCUCUCAGCAAAGCCGAGGAGGUGGUUCCGGAAGAGGACGAGAGGAAGAAGAGGCGGAGGGAGAGGAACAAGAUUGCAGCUGCCAAAUGCCGGAACAAGAAGAAGGAAAAGACAGAGUGUCUGCAGAAGGAGUCGGAGAAGCUGGAGAGCGUGAAUGCGUUGCUGAAGGCGCAGAUCGAGGAGCUGAAGCACGAGAAGCAGCACCUGAUGUACAUGCUCAACCUGCACAGGCCCACCUGCAUCGUGCACGCGCAGCAGGGCCGGACGCCCGAGGACGAGCACAGCCUCUUCCUGCCGCACCUCACGGAAGAGGCCAUGCAGAGCUGAGCUGGGCGGAGGCCUUGGACCGCAGCUACGAGAUCCUGCCCUGAGUCCGGCUCAGAGCGCAGCAGCCAGGGACCACGGGGACGGGGCCACGAGGGGCCUCCCGCUCGGGUCCCCUCUGGCCCGACUCCAGGCUGCUCUUGAACGCUCAGGAUGGUCCCCGGCUGGCCCUGCCCGCCUUCUAGCAGAUUCUACAAGACCAGGGCUCCUGCCUUCGGAGUCCUGCACCAGUGCCCAAACCUCGUGGAGGCGCCCAGGGAAAGAGGACGGUGUUUGGCAGAGCCGAGGGCUGGCUGGCGAGCUUCUGUCCCGUGCCCACAUGGCCCUGUGCAUGCUCUCGGCUCUGCUCCUGGCCAUAGACUGACCCGGAUGAGUGAGAAGAUCUUUCUGCCGGCAGGUGGCCCUCUGGAGCAUUCCUGGGCAAGACCUGGGCUCAUCACUGGCGCCGCUGUGAUGUCCAGGCCCACCGCAGCAAGGUUGCCCGGAAGGCCCUGAGUUAGCUGAUGUGAACGUCCCCCUGGAAGGCCUUGGCAGCCAGCUGACCCCAGAACUUCAGUGUGGCCACUGCGUCGCUUCUGUUGGUCACUCUGUCCAAGGCCACGCAUGGUCACAGGUUGAGGUCCUUGGAAUCUUUUGUCCUACCCAGUAGUGUCGUCAUGGUUUCCUGUGAGAAGGAAUGUCACUUAUUUAUCUUAGAUUCCUGCCUUGUCGCGAUAAUAAAUGUCAGAGCGGAGGUGCCAAGG